AUGCCGCUUAGUUGUCGCUUGACAUUUCAUUAUUUACAUGCUUAGGAAACUAUAUAUACGAAAGGAAAAAUUGGUAGAAAACCCGACAUGGCAAAGAGGCCGGCUGAAGAUCCCGGAGGCUCCGGGCUUCCUCCCAUAAAAAAGGUUCAGUUUGAACCUCAUUUAAUAGGCCCUAUAUCUACCUUGGAAGAAAUGGAUAUCAAAGUACUGCAAUUUCAAAAUAAAAAGCUAGCACAGCGUAUUGAACAAAGGCAUAGAUCAGAAGCUGAAUUGCGGCAAAGAAUAGAACAGUUAGAAAAAAGACAAACGCAAGAUGAUGCUGUUUUGAACGUUGUGAACAGAUAUUGGAAUCAGUUAAAUGAGGAUAUAAGAGUAUUGUUACAAAGAUUUGAUGCCGAAACAGCAGAUGAAUUAGAAAAUAAAAAUGAAAAUGAGGCUACUACAUCUUUCUUGAUGCAAUUAUCGACUUGGGACAAAGAAGAAUUAGAUGAUAAACUUGCAAAUCGUGUUCAAGUAUCAAAGCGUGCUGUGGCAAAAAUUGUACAAGUAUUUGAUAGGUUGAUGCAGAGAAAUGAAAAGAUCACACUUGCAUUGAAAGAGGAAGAAGGUGCAGCUAAUCUUGAUGAGACAUUACAACAAGCUUUUAUGGAUGUACAGGCAGAAAAUAGAAAUCUACAAUCUUUAAAUACAUCAUUGCACGAGAAACAUCAUAUAAUGUGCUUAAAAACAUCAGAACUUCAGGAUUCUGUUACAGGCAAAGAUACUGAAGCGGCAGAACUGAGGAAUCAAAUUGAUGAUCUUCAGUAUGAGUUACAGAAGGUGCGAUCACGAAAUGACAAAUUAGAAAAUCAUUUAGCAGAAGCCAUAGAAAAAUUGAAGACUUAUCAUCAAUUGCAUGGUGAUAGUGAUAAAUCUUCAAAUGCAGGUAAAGGUGUUGUAACAACUAAUGUGGCAGCUUCUCAAUUAGAAGAUUUACACAAGGAAUUAGAAGAAUAUAGGGAAUUGGCAAACAAUCGUCUACAAGAACUUGAUAAACUUCAUCAGCAGCACAGAGAUUCAUUGAAAGAAGUUGAGAAGCUAAAAAUGGAUAUAAGACAAUUACCAGAAUCGGUUAUUGUCGAAACAACAGAAUAUAAGUGUCUACAAUCCCAAUUUUCUGUUUUAUAUAAUGAAUCUAUGCAAAUCAAGACAGUAUUAGAUGAAACCAGAGUGCAAUUACAAAUGCAAAAUCAACAUCUGAGACAGAUAGAAAUGAUGGAGAGUGAAGAAUUAAUAGCGCAAAAGAAAUUAAGAGGAGAGAUGAUUCAACUGGAGGAUGUUUUAGCACAACUUCGAAAAGAAUAUGAAAUGCUGAGAAUUGAAUUUGAGCAAAACUUGGCAGCAAAUGAACAACUGACCAUAAAUAGAGAAAUGAGGCAUUUAAUCACUUCUUUACAAAACCACAAGGUCAUUAAGGGCGAAGUGCAACGUUAUAAAAGAAAAUAUAAAGAUGCCAAUGCUGAAAUACCUAAGUUCCUGAAGAAAGAGACUGUAUAA